AUGGUCUCAGUUGUGAGCUCGAGCUCACGGGAGCAGGGCAUAUUGCCGGAAUGCAGUGACACCUCAGGAGAACAAACCCCAUCACAUGACGUGGGUCAAGAUUCAAAGUCCGCCCCAGGAUAUACUCUGGCAGUCCAGGAAGUGACGCAUCUUCCUUCGCCGUCACCAUCGAGAUCGCCGUCGCCGUCGCCUCGAAGCUUGUCACCGUCUCUGGUGGUAACGGACUCCUCGUCAGUGGAAUACACUGGUAUUCUUCCCCAUGCUCGAAAGUACUCUGGAUCAUUUGAAAAGGCCAUUCUCUCAGCACCCUUAGAUGACGAUGAAUCUGCCAUCGCUUCGCCCCUUCCGAUAUCAAAAACGCUACCGGCCCAUGAGCUUCAUGAUAUUCCGGAAGAGGUCAGGAAACCGAGAAAACCGUCGGUGAAUAGGAGCAAUGUCGACGAUGUGCGAUCUACAAUCGUCGAGGUGGAUGGGACCACCGAGGAGAGGAUUAGGAAGCCGCGAAAGCUCUCAGUGAAUAAAUCCAAUGGCGAAGUUUUGAAGCUAUCAGCUGCCGAGAUUGAGGAGUUAACCUCAGCUUCCGGUUCUUUACCGAUAUUGUCACCUACCCGGAUGACAGUCUCCGCGCAACCUUCACUUGCCCCGUCGCCAGUCGUUGAUCGGAGAAGCUCAAUGUCUGAUGGUCCGCAUUCGGACGUUGAAGGCCAAAAUGGAAGGCACAGAAAGAUUAGCGCUCCAGAACCAAUGGGCAUUCCCGCUGAGACUCGCGAUAAAAGUCGUGCCAGAGCCGAGACAGCAUCAAAUUUAGUCACAAGGCGUCCUGGAUACUCAUCUAGGGCAGUAUCAACCCCGCCCACGUCAAGCAAAAAUACGCUGUCACUCACCAAGGCCCAAAAUCAGCUGUCGCCGAAAAGAAAGUCCCAUCAGUCGGGACUGCGACCAGAACCCCUAGAUCUUGAGGUGUUAUCAGCGAAGCUACAUGGCGGAAAACCUGCAGCAGAUCCUCCUUCGCCGAUACCUCUUCCACCUAUGUCUAUUCCGACCUACUUGCAACUGGAACUCUCGUCAACUGUGCCUUCUCAAUUGUACAUUUCUUCCGGUGGACAUGUUGAGUAUGAAUCAUCAAAAGUCAAAUUUGAACGCCUUUUAAAUUUCUUAUUGCUGCCACCUCAAUUAGAGCAAGUUCUCUACUUCGGCUCAAUGGCAUGUUUGGAUGCAUGGCUCUAUACGUUCACCAUCUUACCACUCCGAUUUUUCAAAGCUGCGGCUAUCUUAAUUCAAUGGUGGGGCCACGUUAUAGCAAAAGAGGCCAGGUUCAUCGCUGGCUUUAUUUACCAUGGCUCUGGACGUUUUUGGCACCGACAGCGUGGUAGACGAGGAAGCACAAGCUCAGUGGAUCGCUCCAGGAGCGUAUCCAGAGCGAGCAGGCCUCCAGUUUCCACGACUGCAUCAUACCAGUCACAAUCGGGGAGAAGGCCUGAUAUCGGAUCCCAAACCUUUACAUCAGAAAAUCUCCGGGCUGAAGUGGAACGCAAAUCACGACAAGGCUGGGGACGGAGACAUCGACGACAGAAGUCCCAGCCAUCGUCGCUCUCAUCAUAUCAUAAAGCCGAUCUCUUACAAGGUGCAGUGAUCAUUGUCAGCUGCUUCAUCUUGAUGAAGCUAGAUGCAAGCCGGAUGUAUCAUAGCAUUCGGGGUCAGUCGGCGAUCAAACUUUAUGUUAUUUUCAAUGCUCUUGAGGUUUGUGACAAACUUCUAGCAGCUCUUGGACAAGAUAUUCUCGAGUGUUUAUUUUCCAAUGAGACUCUGCAGCGCGAUUCAUAUGGAAGAAGCAAAAUUUUACGACCUCUGGGCAUGUUCGUUUUGGCACUCAUCUAUAAUGUCACUCACGCCACAGCACUAUUUUACCAGGUUAUCGCUCUGAAUGUUGCCGUUAAUUCAUACUCAAACGCACUUCUGACCCUGCUCAUCUCCAAUCAAUUUGUUGAGGUGAAGUCGACAGUGUUUAAAAAGAUCGAGAAGGACAAUCUUUUCCAACUUACCUGUGCUGAUAUAGUUGAACGAUUUCAACUCUGGCUGAUGUUGAUAAUUAUCGCACUUCGGAAUAUUGUUGAAGUUGGAUAUGGAGAUGCUGCGGCAGAUGACACCAUCCUUCCCAGCAGUUUCAUCGUCCUGCCCAGCUGGUCAGGUGAAGUUCUGGCUCCUUUUCUCCUCGUUCUUGGUAGUGAGAUGUUGGUGGAUUGGAUCAAACAUUCAUACAUCAGCAAGUUCAACAAUGUCAAGCCAGCAGUCUAUCAGCGGUACCUUGACGUUCUGGCAAAGGACUAUUACACGAAUGCAUUCAUCAACCAAAACCUGAUCAAACGCCUGGGUCUGCCCGUCAUUCCCUUAUCAUGUCUCUUCAUCAGGUCUUCCAUGCAAACAUACCACAUGUUUCUUGCUACACACCUCCCAUCACCAGUUGCAUCGACCGCAACAGCGCUAUCAGUCGAAUCAGCGACCACAUCCCCAGCAACAACUGCUGCUCUAGAGCACUUCGACAAUAUCAUACGACGAGCUCUCGGCCGCUCGACUUUCGGAAUUCCAGAUCCCCUAGCCACGAAUCCUUGGUAUCUUCCUAGCGCAGACGAUAUUAUAGCCGCGCUCACAAUGUUCAUUUUCUUCUUGGGAGCCUUCUUUGUACUCCUUGCUUGCAAACUGGUUCUCGGUAUGCUCCUCCUUAAGUUCGCUCGAAAUCGGUACCGAACUAUGAAAAAGCGCGAGCAUCAAAACUAUACCGCGGAAGGCAAAAGAUUGGGAAUUUGGGGAAUGACUGAGGUGGAUGAAGAUAAGAAGCGUUGGUUCUAUGACGAUGAUCCCGAGACGUUGAAGAAGAUGAGGGAGAAAGAGAAAAUCGGGAAGGAGAAAGCUGAAAAGAGCCAAGAUUUUGGGAAGAUCAGUCGAUAUGAGAUGGUGAAGCGGAUAUGGUAG